AAGGCCUCGGUAAUGCCAACUGGAGCAGCGCGGAGAGCGCUGCAGGUGCGGUCGUGGCGGGAGAGGCAGCAGCCAUUGGGGACGCACUCUACGGCACAGAGGCAGGGGGGGGCGGAUCAGGAGCGCAAGGCGCAGCGGGGCAGGGGUUGGGGGAGCAGGGGGGAGAAGGGGUGGUGGGGCAAGAGGCGCACGAAGCCGUGACUGGGGCACAAGGGGCAGGGGAAGCAGGGGGAACAGGGGGAGCAGGGGGAGCGGGAGCAGAAGGGGCAGGGGGCGCUGAAGCAGGGGAGGCAGGGGGAGCGGGAGCGGGAGGGGGGGUUGCAGGGGGCGCGGGAGCCGCGGAGCCAGAGCAGCAGCUGGCGGAGGCGUGGCAGCGCGCGUUGGAUGAGGCGGAGGUGGAGAUCCGCAAGCAGGCCAUCGAAAACGAGUUCCUGCGCUCCCAGCUGCGCGUGCUCGAAUGGCAGAUGAGCAACGGAGCGCUAGCAAAUUCCGCGCCGCCUGACGUGGACGGGCUGCUCUCCCCUUCCUCCGCGCGCCUUCCCCCCUCCGCUGCUACAGGCGCGGGGCUCAGCCCAGGUAUAUCUAGGGCAGGAACUCUCACAGGCCUAGCAGGGGCGGGCGCUUCUAGCGGCCCUCCAGGCGUUUUGAGCGGCGCUCUUGUAGGGAGUCCGCAGAUAGGGGGGAUAGGCGGAGCAGCAGCAGCCGUGGGUACUAGUGGUGUUGCUCCUGCUGUAGUGGGUAUAGGUGGGACUGAAGGGGCAGUAGGGGGAGGGAGUGGCGGAGGGAUUAUGGCUGCUGCGGCAGCAGCUGUAGCGCCAGGAAUGGCUGGUGGUAAUGGUGGUGGUAUGGGGGGCCUUUUAGGAUCCGAUCAGGUGGUUUCUGGGGAAGGUGGUAUUGGGAAUUUUGGCGGGAUGGCAGGGGAUGGAGGAGGGGGAGGGGGGGGAGGAGUGGGAGGAAUGGGAGGAGGAGGGGGAGGCGGAGGGGGAGGGGGAGGAGGGGGCGGGCUGACUGGGAACGUGCUGGACGGGGAGCGUGACAGCCUGGCGUUGACUCCGUUUGACCAGCAGUCGCUGACUGUGCACCCCUCCAAUUCCACGUCAUCACGCCUGGCUGCUAUGCAGCCCUUCACAGCCGACUUGACCCGGUCAACGGGCGGGGUGGCAACGUGCGGCCCUAGUGGGUCGGUUGGCGGCGGAGAGAGGUCCGGGAACGUGAGCGAGCUGAUGCAGCGCGUGGCGUCAUUGGAGGAGCAGGUUCGCAGCAAAGACAAGCUGCUGGCUGCUGCUCAGGCGCGGGAGUCACAGCUGCAAGCAGAGAAGCGGUCUCUGGAGCGCAGGAUGUCAGAGCUGCGACUGGCAUUUGACGGGCAGCAGCAGAACCUCAUGGGGUCGGCCCAGAAGGCCAUGGGGUACCGCCGGGACGUGCUGGAAGAGAAUGUGCGCCUCACACGCGCGCUGGAGCGAGCGGAGCAUGAUCGCAUGCUAUUCAUAACCACGCUCACGCCGCUAGCAGGGGAGUUUGGCCUCUCUGCCACCGCCUCUGCUGAUUCACACCACAUGCUGCUCUCCGUUAAGUCUGUGUUGCAGCAACUGCUCACCCGCAUGACGCGCAGCAACGAGGGCGGGCCAUCAGCUCCUCUCCCCACGCUCUAUGGCACCACAGACCCCACCCUCUCAGCUCUGCUGCUCGCCAGAGACGCGGCCAUGGGGAACAAGCUCACUGCAUGUGGCCACUCAGUCAACGGCACCAAGCUCUGUGUCUUCCAGUGGGUGCGUCAAUACCAAGAUGGCACUGCUGAAUUCAUCGAAGGAGCAUCGUCGCCCGAGUAUGCAGUGUCAGCUGAUGACUGCAACGCCAUCAUAGCAGUGGAGUGUGUACCGCUGGACGAGGCAGGCAGGCGGGGGGAGUUGUCUCGAGUGGUUGUCAAUGAGGGCAACUUGAUCCAACUUGAGCCCACGGUGCAGGACACGCUAGCAGGGUGGCUGGCGGAGGGCUCCACCCAGUUUGAAGCCACCCUCGUGGAAAUCAGUGAGGGUGAAGAGCCACAGGAGCAGCAGCAGGCACCGCAGGCAGUGACGCUGCAAGUGAGGAGGCCAGACUUUGUCCUGCGCAAGGCCAAGAAGGCCUUUAUCAAGGAGCCGUGGGGCAACCUCACUGCGGUGGAGAUCAGUGUGAUGCAUCGCAUGUCGCUCUUCUUUAUUCUCUCAGACGGCCGACAGCUGUUCCUUGAUUUCAGGGAUGCCAGAACGAGGGACAUGGCAGCGCUGUGCAUUCGGCAGUUCAAGGCCAACGUGCAUGAGAAGGGUUCCUCUCGGAAGGGUCUUGGGGGGAACAGACUACAGCCAUUUUGGUUCAGAAACAACUACUCCCUGCAUUUUCUGAGCACUAAGCAAACCCGGUUGAAGUUGGAAUUUUGUCAAACAUAUCGGAACAUUAGCCCGUCCGCGCAGCAGCCAUCGUCGCAGUCGCAGUCGCACGACCAGUCGCACGGGCAGCCGCCGCGUCGCCACAGCGGUCGCGUGGAGAGGUCGUCGCCGUCGCAGAUGACUCUGGCGAAGGCGAAGCGCAGCCUCAGUCUUAACUCCUCGCGAGUCGAGGGCGCUCUUAACUCCGCGGCGCUCAAUCCGCUCUUCGAAGUCCUCGCCGGCGCGCCGCGCUCCCCCGAAUCGGCUGCGCGCCGCGACUUCGCGCCCGGCUCCGGCGGAAAGGCGGCCGCUUACGGCAAGCAUGCGGCGGAUCUGACGGCGUGGAGUGCGGACGUGGCGGCGGCUGCUGCCGCUGCGGUGGCGACGGCGCCAGCGGCAACGCCAACGGCAGCGGCUGUGGCUGCAUAUGCUGCGCCGAAAGCGGAGGCGGAACGUGUAGCGAGAGACGAGGGGGAAGAGGAGGCCGAGGAUGCGGAAGCGGGGGAAGAUGGGGGCCAUAAGGCGGGCGCGGAGAAGGGAGGGGAAGGGAGCAUGGCGAAUGGGAGUGCGCAGCUGGCGAGCGGGGAAAGCGAGGCGGAGAAGGAAGGUGGGAUCGCAGAAAUGGAGGAAAUGGAGGAAGAAGGGAGCAAGGGCAAAGAUAAGGAGAAUGACAAGGCGAAGAGCAAGGAGAAUGAGGAGGCGAACAGCAAGGAGAAUGAGAAGGAGGAGGAUGAUGAGAAUCAGGCUGGGGCGGAAACAAGGCUCGACGGGGCAGUCGCUGACGUGGCGAAGGUUGCUGACGCUGACGCGGGGGAUGCGGUGAGGCACCGGCUCGGAACCAGGCUUGGAAACGGCUGGAAGGCCGUUGCAGGCCGAACCUCGGUGCUGUGGGAAGCAAACGAGCAUCAACCAAUGGGAGCGUUUGAAGGGAUGAGCUGGGCGGCAUUGGUUGGUGGGAGGCGAAGCGGAGAGAAGGAAGAGGCGGCUGGUUUGACUAGAGAUGAUGUUGCGACAGUUGGUCUCGGUAUUUCAAAUUCUGACGUUUCUUCUGAAGAGGAGGAGGAGGAGGCAGGCUUCGCCUCUCCGGACUCCCUGAAAACCAGCUCCGAUUGGGUUGUGCAGCAGCAGCAGCAGGUGCAGCCGGUGGUGGUUGCGGUUACCGCGGGAGAAGUGGCAGGCAUGGUUACGGCGAAGCAAGCUGAGCUGGUUACGCAGCAACCAGGGGAUGAGAGGGUUGAAGAGCAAGAGGGUGCUGCGGCUGCUGUGGUUGUUUCGACCGGAGUGGACGGGAAGGAAGGCGACGAGGGGAUUAUUUCGACUGCUGGUGGAAGUGGCACUGUGAAGGCUUGUGACGCUGCUGACGUGGAAUAUGCUGGCGUGGAAAACGCUGACCUGGAAGACGCUGACGUGGAAGACGCUGACACGAAAGAUGCUGAGGCUUCUUCUGAGGAGGGAGCAACGGGGUCACCAGGGGGGUACGGACGGUAUAACGCAUUUAAGCCCGUGUUGGUGCGAGAGGGAUCAGAGCAGCAAGUGGUGCUGACGCCAGUCAAGCGCUCCAGCCGCCUCCGCAUGGCCAUCAGUGGCGCCACUCCCUCUGUCAGCGCAUUCUCCCAGCCCACCAGCAGCUAUGCUGGCGGGGGAAUCAACCACGGUGUCGUCAACCGGCCUUGA